AUGGCGGUUGAUCUCUCGGCCACGAAACUGAAUCCAGACAGCCAUGUCCUCCUAGACCAACCUCUCCUCCGACUACCACAUGAACUCGUCAAACGAAACUUCCGAAACACGCAACGGUACGUGGAACGAGAACGAGACAACAUCCUCCCGGCGCUGAAAGACACGGCGAACGCGGCGCUCAACUCGUCGCAGACGCCGGACCAGACGCUGGCGUCACUCGAUGCCAUGAUCCAAAGGAUGCAAACAUUCAAGCGCAAACUGCAGAAACUACACGCCGAGGAAGAGACGCUGCACGAACACUCGGCAAAGCGAAUACGCCACCUACAAGAGUUAUACCAGAUCCCAUCGCUGGCCGACGUCAAGUACGACCAAUGGGCUCGAACUCGACUAGACCGGCUGGUGGUCGACUACCUCCUGCGAUCGGGUUAUUCCAGGACGGCCUCGUCCUUGGCGGAGACGAAACAGAUCUCUCACCUAAUCGAUCUCGACACCUUCGUGACGUGCCACAAGAUUGCCUCAUCACUAGCUCGGGGCGAGACGAAAGACGCAUUGGCAUGGACAAACGAGAACAGGAACUCGCUCAAGAAACUCAUCACAGCGCCGCACAAGACGACGGAUUUGGAAUUCGAACUCCGACUCCAACAGUACAUUGAACUGGUGCGCGCAGGCACGACGGCCAAGAAGCUGGAAGCCAGAGUUCACGCCCAACAGUAUCUGACUCCCCAUGCGUCUUCCCGCCCGGAGGCCAUCAUGCAAGCCGCAGGGCUGCUGGCGCAAGACCCAAACGACACCAGCGCCCAAGCAGAGCCAUAUCGGUCACUAUUUGCCCCGUCACGCUGGCACCACCUGUCGAACCUGUUUGUCGAAACCCACCAUACCCUCCUAUCACUCCCCGUCCAUCCACUGCUGCACGUCGCCCUGUCCGCGGGCCUGUCUGCACUCAAGACCCCGGCCUGUCACAGCGCCUAUAACCCGGCCAGCUCGUCGACGCCAGGCCAUGCCCGCAUCGCCACCAACUCGUCCCUCUGUCCCAUCUGUAGUAAAGAACUCAACGACCUGGCCCGCAACGUCCCCUAUGCCCACCAUACCACGAGCGCCGUCGAGCCCGACCCCGUCGUCCUGCCCAACGGCCGCAUCUACGGCCGGCAACGCCUCGAAGAGUUGCAGCGCCAGCUGGCAAUGGCCGGGCUGGGCGGUGAUGGCCAUGGCGGACACGGCGUGCAUGACUUACAGAUCGGGAAGGAGGGCGAGGUUCGCGAUCCCACCACCGGCGAGAGUUUCACUUGGGACCAGGUCGAGAAGGUGUACAUCAUGUGA